AAUCGAUCAGUCUGUUUGCGUCGUACACCGUGUUCGGUCGUUUUAUAAUUUAACAUCAAGAUAAAACGUGUACCCUGCUGAAAGCUGAAGAAAAGAAGGUUGAAAACAAUAGUUAGUGAUUUUUUCAAGCCCGCUGGUAAAUAUAUCCUACUAGAACUACUAGAACCAGUGAACUACAACUAUGGCCCCAAAAGAUGAUGCCGAAGUAACAGCAUUGAAGAAGGAACUUAACGAUCUAAUUGCCAAGAUUAAGGACGAACAAAAGAAGGCAGCCGAUUGUACGUUAUCGGAAAAAUGUGCGGAUAUGGGCGACGUACCGAAGGUGCGCAUAACCACGAAAAAGUUCCUUAAGGGGCAUAUCAACAAGGUCAACUCUGUACAUUUUGCUGGAGAUUCACGACAUUGUGUUACGGGUUCGCUAGAUGGUAAACUGAUCAUCUGGGACACCUGGACUGGCAAUAAAGUACAAGUUAUCCCGUUACGGUCGGCCUGGGUCAUGAGUGUAGCGUUUGCCGAGUCCGGUAAUUUUGUUGCUUGCGGAGGUAUGGACAACAUGUGCACCGUAUACGACUUGAACAAUCGAGAUGCCCAAGGUAACGCGAAAAUUGUUCGAGAAUUGGCCGGUUAUGAGGGAUUCCUUAGUUCCUGUCGAUUUUUGGACGACACACACGUUUUGACCGGAUCGGGUGAUAUGAAAAUCUGUGUCUGGGAUCUGCAAGUAGGUAAGAAAACAUCCGAGUUUGAUGCCCACAAUGGGGACGUUGUUUCGAUUUCACUCAGUCCAGAUAAAAAUACUUACGUGACUGGAUCUGUCGAUCGCACAUGCAAACUGUGGGACGUUCGAGAGUCAACUCCGAAGCAGACCUUUUUUGGUCACGAGGCGGAUGUGAACAGCGUUUGUUAUCAUCCGAGUGGAUUUGCAUUUGCUACCGGAUCGGAGGACAAAACAGCCCGGUUGUUCGAUUUGCGUUCUGACCAGCAAAUUGGCCAUUUCGAACCACCGAACAAGACCAGUGGAUUUACAUCGUGUGCUCUAUCGCUUAGCGGCCGAUUCAUCCUAUGUGGAUCAGACGACAACAAUGUCCACAUUUGGGACACGAUGAAAGGUGUACACAAUGGAGUGUUGAGUGGUCACGAGAAUCGCAUUACAUCAAUCUGUAUGGCUCCAAACGGGAUGGCACUGGCAACCUGUAGCUGGGAUCAGAAUGUGCGCGUCUGGGUCUGAAAAUUUUCAGUUUGGUUUCAAGAAGUGAUGAGAGGUGAAAUUGCAAAUGCAAAAAUGACAGUUCUGUUUUUUUUAUAUAUUUUUAAACAAUCAUUGAAUAUUUGUUCACAACAUAACACUAUAGCUCAAGACUGAGCUGCAAUCUUUCUAUGAGGUGAUGUAAUAAAACCGAAUGUUUUAACUGAACAAAAUAGUUAUCAAACCCUAUACUAAAACACA